UUAUCGCGCAAUCUCAAAAUGGCUGCGCCCUUGGGAAAACAUUGAAUUUUACUUAUUUAUGGAGAAAAUAAUGAAUCUUUCAGAAGAAGAGUGCGUUUUAUGCAAAGAACCAGCACGGGAGAAGCGUCCUUGGACGACACAGAGUCUGGUGGUGGCAGGAGUAUCAGGAGCAGUGGUUGUUGGAGUUUACUCACUGACAAUACCCUUUGUAGCACCUGCAUUCAGGCGUGUUUGUCUUCCGUUUGUACCGGCCACCACAAAUCAAGUAAAUAAUGUGAUGAGAGCUUUGCACGGGAGGAAAGGAACUCUUCUUGAUAUUGGUAGUGGUGAUGGAAGAAUUGUUAUAGAAGCAAGUAAAAAUGGAUUCCAGAGUCACGGUGUAGAGCUGAAUUACUGGCUGGUGCUGUACUCCAGAUACAGGGCAUGGAGAGAGGGACAGAGAGCUAAUACAAACUUUCAUAAACAAGAUCUCUGGAAGACAGACAUGUCCAAAUAUGAAAACAUUUUUGUGUUUGGAUUGAUACCCUUGAAUGUUGCUUCACGCUUCCCGCUUCCUAACUGGCAACCAGUCAAAAUUAUAGGGGAAGGAUUGGACACAGUCUGGAUUUAUAUGCACCCGCGUAAUCCAGAUUAUGAAAAAAUGAAAUUGUCAGUAAACUUUAAAGGACUGAAUGACAAUAUUUAUGACAGUAAGAAUUUAGAAAAAGAUGAAUUUAGUGCUAGUGAAGUUUUAUAUUCAAGAAGUUCUAAGACUUCAUGUAGUUUAUAACACAAAUAUUAUGUAGGUAUUUAGAUUUAAUGUCCAAUUGUUAACUCACACAAGAGAG